AUGCAGCGCAGUGAGCGCGGGGAAAGACAACCCUUGUUAGAGUCGGAGCACCAUCCAAAUGCCCCGCCAGCUGUAUCAAUCGGCACUUCAUAUGUGGAAAUGCCCGUGAAACUCCCCGAUCGUCUUCCCGGGUCGCCAGGGAAAAGCCUCAGCUGGGCCAGCGCAUACAUCCUGGUUGUGUCGCGCGUGAUCGGCAGUGGCAUUUUCGCUACACCAGGAUCGAUCGUGAAGUCCACCGGAAGUAUCGGUCUGACAAUACUCGUAUGGUUAUUCGGCACCAUUUUGGCAGCCUGUGGACUGGCCGUGUCGAUGGAAUAUGGCUGCAUGUUGCCCCGGUCGGGCGGGGACAAGGUGUACCUGGAGCAUGCCUAUCCCCGACCGCGAUUCCUGGCGUCUACUCUGAUCGCCGUGCAGGCAGUGCUGCUGGGAUUCACCGCGAGCAACUGUAUUAUUUUUGCCAAAUAUACCCUGUUCGCGUUGCGCAUCGAGCCGACCGAUUUCCAGCACAAGGCUCUUGCGGUCGGUCUUCUGACGCUAAUCACCAUCAUCCAUGGCGGCUUCUUGAAGACGGGAAUAGCGAUCCAGAAUGCCCUGGGCUGGGUGAAGAUCUUCUUGAUCGGCGCCAUGUCGCUCACGGGGAUAUGGAUUCUGCUUCUCCAAUUUGUGGGAACCUCCCAUCAGAUUUCCCCGGGCGCAAGCGCUAUCGGUCCCAUCUCCUGGGACGUACUAUGGGAAGGCUCGAACUGGAGCUGGAGUCUGCUGUCCACCGCGAUUUUCAAGGUGAUGUACUCCUAUGCGGGGCUGAGCAAUAUCAACAAUGUGCUCAACGAAGUACAUAAUCCAGUCCAGACCGUGAAAACAGUCUGUCCAUCAGCAUUGCUGACGGCGGGUGGUCUGUACCUGCUCGCCAACACUUCAUAUCUGCUGGUGGUCCCGUUGGACGACAUCAAGAAUAGCGGGGAGCUCGUGGCUGCAUUACUGUUCGAGCGCCUAUUUGGGGACCAAAUUGGGAGAUCACUCCUUCCGCUCGCAAUUGCCAUCUCGGCGGCUGGUAAUGUCAUGGUGGUGACAUUUGCUCUGGCCCGCAUCAAUCAAGAAAUCGCUCGCCAGGGAUUCCUUCCAUGGCAGAAACUCCUUUCAUCCUCGCGCCCCUUCGGAACGCCCCUGGGGGGACUCUUAGUUCAUUACGUGCCAUCCGUGCUGGUGAUCUCCAUCCCACCGCAAGGAGACGUCUACAAUUUCAUUCUAGACGUAGAAGGAUAUCCUGGUCAGGUCUUCGCCCUUGCCAUUACGCUUGGUCUCUUGAUACUUCGAUAUAAGGAGCCACAUCGCCGACGACCAUUCCAAGCGUGGCUACCGGCUAUCUGGUUGCGCAUUGCGGUAUGCCUUGCCCUGCUUGUGGCACCUUUUAUCCCUCCCCCGAACUUGCAAGGAGAUGUCGACUUCUUCUACGCGACUUACGCCAUCGUUGGGAUUUCCGUGAUCCUUUUCGGCCUGCUAUACUGGUAUGUAUGGACCGUGCUUCUUCCUCAGUUGGGAGGGUAUACCUUGGAGGAGGCAGUGGAGACGCUGGAUGAUGGCACUAGUAUCACGAAACUCGUGCGUUCAUAUGAUGUUCGCUAA